UAGCGUGUGAGAAAAGCACUGUUUCUUUUUUUUUAAUUGUCAUCAUCAUUCUCAUUCUUAUUCACCAAAACGUUACAAUCUCAACAACAGCUUCACAUUCACAGUGUCCUCUGCCCUCCCUGCCUUUUGCUUAGAGACCAAAAAAAAAAGCCUCCAUUUUCAUGGACCAUAACAGAAAGAAGAGACCAAGAACGGCAUCAGAAGGAGAUAAUCCCGAAUCCCGGUCCAAACACUUAUCAGAUAAGAAGAAGAAAGCCAAGAAGAGUCUCAAUGAUAACAUCACCGAUUGUGGCAGUACAAGUUACAUCUCACCGGAUCAUGAUUCCAACGUGGUGUCUCCGGGAGUAUUCGACUUCCCAUGGCUGAAAGAUGGUGUCGUUUCCAAAUCAGACGACUGGAAAUUCGAAGACGCCUUCUUGUCACAGCUCAAUGAGACCAACACAAACACCAACUCCAUCACCACCACGACCGGUAUAGAAUUUUCUUACCCGGGUCAGUGUUUGUUUCAAACUCCAGUUGAGGCAAUGCUGGACUUUCCUGAAGAAAAGUUUGACCAGGAAAACGAGUGGUCAGUGCUUGAAGAUGAUGGUGAUGGUUUGGAGGAGAGUUUGGAUUGCGUGUGGAGCUCGUUGCUUAACCAGCCACUUCGGCAACACAAUUGAAUUUAUUCUCUGCAAAAGUUGUCUAUGACAAAAAGUUGGAACAAAACUUAAAUAUUUAUGUUAUAGUUACAUAUAUAUAUAUAUACACAGCUAAUAUUUGGCAGUAGAACAUAUUGAUCUGAUGUUGGCAUAAAUUUUGAGCAGUCCUUUAUAAAAUAUUGGUGCGUUAAAACUUAAAAGUUUAUGGCUUAAUUUAUGACAGAAUGACCCGCUUAAAUGCAAGAACACAAUAUCAAAGAUGACAAGUUAAAUAUUUUUGGUGGAAUGUUUUUGGGACAAUAAUUAUGUUUAUAUUUUGUAAAAUUUAUUCCAAAGUUCACCGUUUUCAUUAGAUUUGUCUGUUUUGUUGUUAUCUGAAACAAAUAUUUUGGAAUCAUUCAAGGGAAUUAGAAAUUGGAUUUGGAUUAAUGUGCAGUAA